AUGUACCGGCUGGUCUCCGCCGUCACACGCGUCGGAGCUGUUGCUGUUCUUGCCAGACAUGCUGCGGGAAUCAAUCUGACCGUCUCAACAAGUGCGGGCAAUGCUACUUCGCCGCUAAUGCAUGGCUUCAUGUUUGAGGACAUCAACCACUCGGGCGAUGGUGGUAUCCACGGUCAACUUCUCCGCAACAACGGCUUCCAAGGGGACGAUCAAACGACCACUGCUUAUGGAACUGUGGGAGACGUCGAACUGACGGUCGAUGCUGAGAAUCCUCUCUCCUCGGCUAUCCCAUACUCACUGGCAGUAGCCGUUCCAGACGGCACGACCGGAGAUGUGGGCUUCAGCAAUGAAGGUUACUGGGGAAUUCUCGUCAAUGCCGAUCAGUACUCAACUUCCUUCUGGAUCAAGGGCGACUACACUGGCAACGUCACCAUCAAGCUUGUCGGCAACUACAGCGGUACAGAGUACGCCAGCACUACGCUCGAUGUAUCCAGCAACACCAGUGCUUAUAGCUACUACGAAACGAGCUUUGAGAGUGAACAGGCUCCGAAUGGUAACAACCUAUGGACUCUGACAUUUGACGGAGAGAGCACUGCAGGCUCAACCUUAUAUUUUGAUCUCAUCACGCUGUACCCCCCUACAUUUAACAACAGAGAGAACGGAUUAAAGCCUGCUAUUGCCAACGUCCUGAACGAUAUGGGAGCAACUUUCUUGCGCUUUCCCGGCGGUAAUAAUCUCGAGGGCUACAGCGAGGACAACCGCUGGAAGUGGAACGAAACCUUAGGUCCGUUGGAGGAUCGUCCGGGUCGUCAGGGGACUUGGGGAUACCCAAACACGGAUGCACUCGGUCUGAUUGAGUAUUUUGAAUGGUGCGAAGACAUGGGCCUCGCCCCAAUUCUUGGUGUUUGGGACGGUUUCGCCCUGGAAUCGGGUGGAAAUACGCCUAUCACCGGCGAUGCUCUCACUCCCUACGUAGACGACGUGCUGAACGAACUGGAGUUCAUCCUCGGCGACUCCUCCACCACAUACGGCUCCCUCCGCGCCUCCCUCGGCUACCCCGACCCCUUCACCCUCACCCACGUCGAAAUCGGCAACGAAGACUACCUCGGCACCGGCGUCGUGCAAGACUACCACACCUACGCCUCGGAGACGGACCUGGUAGCCAACUUCUCGCAGUGGGACAACGCCAACCGGUCGCAGCCCGUCUUCGUCGGCGAGUUCGCGUGCUACACGUUGGCGGACGGCACGCACGCGGCGCUGCCAUCCGUGGCGUGCAGCGUCGCCGAGGCCGUCUACAUGGCCGGGCUGGAGCGCAACGCCGACGUCGUGCGCAUGGCCGCGUACGCCCCGCUGCUGCAGCUCGUCAACGACACGCAGUGGACGCCGGAUCUGGUGGCGUUCGCGCAGGCGCCCGGGCAGGUGGUGCGGAGCACGAGUUAUUUCGUGCAGCGCAUGUUUGCGGGGGCGUGGGGGUCGGAGACGAGGGCGGUGGAGGCCGAUGGCGCGUUUGGGCCUGUGUAUUGGAGUGCGUCGGGGGAUGGGGAUGGCGCGGCGGUGUAUGUGAAGUUGGCGAAUUAUGGGGAUGUGGAGCAGAGUGUUAGUGUGGGUGUGGAGGGGGCGACGAGCGGGGCGUUGACGACGUUGUCGGGGGAGCGGACGGCGGCGAAUAGUGUGGAGGCCGGUGAGGUGGUGGUGCCGGUGACGAGUACGCUUGAGGGGAGUGACGGGACGUUUGAGAUUACGCUGCCGGCUUGGAGUGUGGCGGUUUUGGCGACGUCCUGA